UAGUGAGCGCCCUAUUCGCCCUCGCUCUCUCCAUCAGAUCGGAGAGACCCAACGCCCAAGGCAAACAUUUUCGAUGGCUCCGUCCCCGCUCCCUAUUGCGUCUCCUCUCCUUCCCCUCUUGAUGGCUCCCGUCGCCUUUGCCGCCGUCCUAGCCUUCAUCGUCCGCCCACGCUCCGUGCGCAUCCCCAUCAAAGGCCGCCACGUCUUCAUUUCCGGCGGCUCCAGCGGCAUCGGCCUCGCUCUCGCCCGUCUCGCCGCCACCGAAGGCGCCCGCGUUUCCAUCCUCGCCCGUAGCGCCGUCCGCCUCCAGGAAGCCCGCGACGCAAUCCGCCUGGCUACCGGCGUUGACGUCGCAAUAUUUAGCGCCGACGUCCGGGACGCCGACGCCGUCGCGAACGCGGUGGAGGAGGCCGGGCCCGUCGACGUGCUGGUGUGCAACCACGGGGUAUUCACGCCGCAGGAGCUCGAGAAGCAGGACCUCGAGGAGGUGCGGUUCAUGGUGGAGAUCAAUCUCAUGGGUAUCUUCCACCUCAUCAAGGCUGCACUACCCGCCAUGAAACAGAGGGCCAAGGCCACGGGACUCCCUGCCUCCAUCGCCAUAAUGUCCUCCCAGGCCGGUCAGGUGGGGGUAUAUGGUUACACCGCCUACUCUGCUAGUAAAUUCGCACUUCGUGGGUUGGCAGAGGCUCUGCAGCAUGAGGUCAUCGCCCACAACAUUCAUGUGUCAAUGAUAUUUCCUCCAGACACGGAUACUCCAGGUUUUGCUGAAGAGCACAAGAGGAGGCCGGACCUCACCAAUAUCAUAGCAGGAUCUUCGGGUGGUAUGAAGGCUGAUGAUGUCGCUAAAAAAGCAUUGAAUGGCAUCAAAUCUUCAAUGUUUAUCGUUCCCUGUAACUUCGAGGGAAGUAUGCUGUCUAUAGCUACGGCCGGUUUGUCCCCGCAGAGCUCAUUUUUCACGGCAUUAGCUGAGGUGCUUGGUGCUGGAUUCAUGCGCUUCAUGGGAUUAUGUUUCCAAUGGAAUUGGUUCAGCCUCAUAGAGAAGUGGCACUCCAAAAAGAAAAACAUGUAAUAAUGUGGUUCCUUUUUGGCAGGACAAAUUUCAUUUUCAGUCAGUAUUAUUCUACACAAAUAAGCUGACUCCUUUCGAGUUGUGAUGCCCAUUAGAAAAUGCUUUUAGGAUUACAUCUCAUGUGUUAAUCAUGAUCAAAUCCACUUAUGGAUUACUGCUGGUAAAGCUAUCAUUCAUGUUUGGUUUCA